AUGCACUUCUCUUCCCUCGUCGCAGCUGCCAUUGGCGGUGCUGCCAUGGUUUCUGCUGCUCCCGCAGCCUCUCCCCUUGAAAAGCGCGCCACAACUUGCACCUUCAGCGGCUCCAGCGGUGCUGCAUCUGCCACCCAGUCCAAGGCUGCCUGCGCCACCAUUGUCCUCAACAACGUUGCUGUCCCUGCCGGUACCACCCUCGACCUCACUGGUCUGAAGACUGGCACACACGUCAUCUUCCAGGGAACCACCACCUUCGGCUACAAGGAGUGGGCAGGUCCUCUCGUCAGUGUUUCCGGUACUUCCAUCACCGUCACCGGUGCCUCUGGCAGUGUCCUCGAUGGUGACGGUGCUCGCUGGUGGGACGGCGAAGGCUCCAACGGCGGCAAGACCAAGCCCAAGUUCUUCUAUGCUCACAGCUUGACCACUUCGUCCAUCAAUGGACUCACCAUCAAGAACUCUCCCGUCCAGACCUUCUCCAUCAACGGAGCCAAGACCUUGACCAUGGAUUCUAUCACCAUCGAUGGCUCCGCNCGAGACAGCCUCGGACACAACACCGGUAUGCUUCCUGCCCUACCCCGACACGGUCGGUACAAUUAUCUUACAAGACAUNNAGAUGCCUUCGACAUCGGAAGCUCGACUGGCGUUACCAUCACCAACGCUGUCGUUCACAACCAGGAUGACUGUGUUGCCAUCAACUCUGGCUCUGGCAUUACCUUCUCCGGCGGCUCUUGCACUGGUGGCCACGGUCUUUCUGUCGGCUCCGUCGGCGGCCGCGACGACAACACUGUCAGCGAUGUCAAGUUCCUCAACAACAAGGUCAUCAACAGUGACAACGGUAUCCGCAUCAAGACUGUCUCUGGCGCCACUGGUUCCGUGUCCGGUGUCACAUACAGCGGAAACACUCUCUCCGGCAUCAAGAAGUACGGUAUUGUCAUCGAGCAGGACUACGAGAACGGCAGCCCUACUGGCGUCCCUACCACCGGUGUCCCAAUCUCUGCCACCGACAUCUACAUUCUCUGCGGCAAGGGCUCUUGCUCCAACUGGACUUGGAGUGGCAACUCUGUCACUGGUGGCAAGAAGUCCACUGCAUGCACCAACAUCCCCAGCGGUGGUGCCGCCUGCUAA